UUUUGGUCCGUACGUCCAAAAUGACAAAGAAAAGAAGGAACAACGGUCGUGCCAAAAAGGGCCGCGGCCAUGUGCAGCCUAUUCGCUGCACUAACUGUGCCCGAUGCGUGCCCAAGGACAAGGCCAUUAAGAAAUUCGUCAUUCGAAACAUAGUGGAGGCCGCAGCGGUCAGGGACAUUUCUGAAGCGAGCGUCUUUGAUGCCUAUGUGCUUCCCAAGCUGUAUGUGAAGCUACAUUACUGUGUGAGUUGUGCAAUUCACAGCAAAGUAGUCAGGAAUCGAUCUCGUGAAGCCCGCAAGGACCGAACACCCCCUCCCCGAUUUAGACCUGCGGGUGCUGCCCCACGUCCCCCACCAAAGCCCAUGUAAGGAGCUGAGUCCUUAAAGACUGAGACAGACUAUUCUCUGGAGAAAAAUAAAAUGGAAAUUGUACUUAAAAAAAAAAAAAAAAA